GAUUUCAAUCAUGAUGGGAAGAAAGUGGAUAUUUUGUAAAAUGUAUUUUUGAAGCUAUUAAUUUUUUCCCUUAUUGCCGUAACCAGAAUAGCUGUUCAAGAAACAAAAAAAAACCAUUUUUUAGAGAAACGAGGAACAUUUUCCCUCCAAAAAGAAAAAAAAACAAAUGAAGUCGAGUGUAUUAUAAAAAGUACAGUUGUGGAAACUAUCUUGACAAGCAAGAAAACUUGAGAGUGUUCCAUUUAAAAGAAUCAAACUUUUAGAGUUUUCGAGAGAGAAGAGAGCGCUAAAGAAAAGAGAAACCCAAAAAAAACGGAAUAAACAAGAGUAAGAACCCAGAGAGGAUAAUCGAAAGAGGCUAAAUAAACUUACUCUGCAGGAACAGAGUCGCUAUCCAUGGAAGAAACCAAGGAACGAAAUCUGGAUUUGAGGUCGAGCAAACCUGAUGUUAGAACUGACCGGAGACACAAAAGGGAUCCAAGAACCUGGGAAGGGAAGAGGGAGAACAACGAAUCCGGUUUAAGAAUGAACGGACCGGGUCAGGUUCGCAAUCACGCAGACGUACUGAAACAACCGAGAGAUGUUGAGAUGCAACAGCAGCAGCUGAGAAGGCAUGAUGAAACAGAGUGGAAGAGGGUAAAUAAAGUAAAAAGUGGGUAUAAGGUUCGUCCAGGUGAAAGAAUAUGUAGGAGUUAUCUACAGACUGGUCUCUGUGACCAUGGAACCAAUUGCCUUUUCAAUCAUCCUACUUGUAAGUUCUUCAGGAAAGGAUAUUGUAAGGACGGCUCAGAUUGUAAAUUCAUUCACGCAAAGAACAAUGAAGCUCCUCGUUUACCUAAUAAUACUACUAUGCGUCAAGCACUUUCUUCAAAUCUGAAGAUCUUAGCUGAGUUUUCUCACCCAAAAGAAAGGGAUGGUGCAGAACCUAUGCCUCAGGUUAUUUCAUCGCCUACUUUUUCUUUUCAGCCAAAUGAAAAGGAACAAAGACAGGCUCAUGAGGAUCCGCAGGAACAGAGAGGUAACACUGAGUGGCAGAGAUAUUUUGAGAUGGGAAGGAGAGACGCUCAAGAUAUUGUGCAGAAAUAUAGACAGAGAAACAUCACUGAUUCUCGGAGAUACUUUGAGAUGGGAAUGAGAGACGGUCAAGAGAUUGUGCAGAGACAUAGACAGAGAGAGACCAGUGAUCAACAGACUCAAGAGAAUGUGCAGGAACACAGACAGAGAGACAUCACUGAACGUCAGAGAUAUUUUGAGAUGGGAAGGAGAGACGGUCAAGAGAUUGUGCAGCAACAUAGACAGAGAGAGACCAGUGGACGUCAGAGAUAUCUUGGGGAGGAGAAGAGUGAGGAGCAGGAACAAAGAUUGAUGGCUACAACUUCUGAUAGGAAAUUUGAUGAGAGGAAACAUCAGACAGAGUCGAGCUCUAUGGCAGCGAGGAAGUCAGAACUAGUGACGAGUCUCCAGAGCGUGUUUAAAGAUGAUAUAGCGGCGGGAUACAAGCGAACGGGGAUUGAACAUGGAGAAGGGGGUCAGAGGGUAGAGGUUGAAGAGAUUGUCCGGGGAACAGAGAGAUAGACAAAACAGUAGGAGGCAAGCUCAAGAGAGUAUGGAGAUACUGGAGAGAGUGUUGAGGAACGAAGAGUUUAG